AUGGACUUUGAACGCCCGCCAACCGAACUCGAACGCAACUGCUUUUACCACGGCCUUCCCAGCCAACCCAAACUCGUAGCGAGGUCUAGCUUGACACCGUUCCGCUACAAUGUAGACGACCCAUGGUCGUCGGAUCGAAAAACUCUGGCUGUGGCUGGCGAGCAUGCUAUUGCCAGCACAUGGAAUAACGAGCCUUCCACACUAAAGCAUCAGAUAUUGGGCAUUCUUACCCAGCAGAACGUCGACUGGCAGGCGAUUGAUAUCCUCCGCAUUGGAUACGAAGACGAAGAAAAGCCUUUGAUUGUCUCCAUCUCGGUCUUGACCGAUACACUCCCAUGGAAAACGGGCAACCAAGUUGCUAGGGACUGCAGAAAAGCCCUUGUUGAGCACGGGCUUGACGAUGUCCACUGCGAGAUCAAGGAGUCUAAGCUAGUGAAUCUCUCCUCCAGUUUCGCAGUCCACCAGCAGGACGCCCACAACUAUCCUCCCACGUAUCAAUCGUAUAUGUACCAGCUUUCCGAUCAGCUGGGAACCGCCAUCGCGAGCAAAGACCAGCCUCGCCGGGAAGGCACAAAGGGGAUCUAUCUACACCGAAUCGGUAGCGAGCCUGCCGAGAUAUUCGCCUUGACCUGUCGACAUGUCUGCUAUAGCAGCUCUGAGAAAGGCAAUCGGUUGCCGGAAGAAAACACGCUACCUAGCAAGCCCGUCAUCCAGUCGCCAGAAAAGACACACAACAAAACGGUGCACCAGCUGGAGAUAUUCAGAGAUAAAGCGGUUGCAGCGAUACAUCACGCGGAGCAGAAACAAGAGGCUUGCAACGUUGAUUUAUCUUCAUCCAUCGCCAGGCUCCAAGGCGAGACAAAUGCCGCUAAUGAUAUGCUACAGUAUUUCUACCGUCGCACUUCAUUAAGUAGCAGAAUCAUUGGGGAGGUUGCAUACACCAGCGACUACGUAGUGCGAACUUCCAAAUGUCUCAGCGAUUGGUGCUUAAUACGGUUGAAGGCUGACUCUCACGAGAGACGUCUUUCUGAUGUCUCCAACCGCGUCUACAUUGGUGGUGGCGAUCUCAAGUCGCGCUUUCCUGGUCGCGAACCAACAAUCAUCAUCCAAGACCUUCAAGAUGAUCAAACCAUCAGAAUACAAGGCAUCGUCACAGUCUCCGAGCUUCAAGACCCCAGGCAAGAGCGCAUUGUCGGAACGAGGGGCCAGCGAUCGGGCCUAACAUUCGGGAUUGUAAACAACGUCAAGUCAGUCACCCGCCGGGUUUUCGACCGAGAGCUCGUCUCCCAGGAGUGUUGCAUCGUGGCAGAUGGAGAUAAUGCAUCCCGUGCGUUCACCCAGCCUGGUAAUUCCGGUGCCUGUGUCUUUGACCUGGCGGGACGCGCUGUUGGCAUGGUGACGUCAGGCAUAUCGCGAGAUAAUAUGCUGGUUGGCGGCGACGACUACGGCCUGGACGUCGCAGUCGACGUGACAUAUGCUACUCCUAUGGAAUGGCUUCUGGCGGAUAUGAAGGCUUGCGGGGUGCCGAUGGAGAUCCUGUGA